UUUGAUCAUCGGUUCCGUUUUCAUUUCUUACUCGUACAAUAGUCCAGCAAGCGACCAUCCCGCAUAUCCUCAAACAUGUCUAGCUUCCUGUUUUAUUGACAUCUCCAUGUGUCUCACGCUCCAUCCGAAUUCUACUACUAAUGGUUGCAGACGAACGUCUUCUUUCGCUCCCACAACUCCCCUCAAAGUUACCUACCACUAGAACACGUUGUUGAGCUUGCUCGUCCGAUGGUGAUCGGCCAACCCUGUGCAGCAUGGUCGAAAUAAUCCCGCCUCCAGAUCCUCAUUCUCUACUGCCACCGCUACUAGCCUGUCUCCCUACGUCGUUUGCCUCUCCCAAACCUCCGCCCGUGCUGCUCUCUCUACUUUCACCAAUACUGCGUCAGCGUCUUGAUCUCCACACGUCUGCCUCGUCAAGAGACAACUGGGCGAGUUUAUUAUGUUGGGAUGCACGAAAAGGAGAUGUCCUCAAGGAUAAGAUCGAAGAGGCGGUUUUCGAGCCACAUCCAGUUUCUGGAGAGAUCGAAGUCGGUGACCAUGAUCAAAUAAAGUAUAAGCGGUUCGACGAGGAAACACUGCGGGCACAGAUACCACUCCUAGAUUGGCCAUUUACAGCCUUGUACUUAUGGUGCGCGGGAGGCGAAGAAGGAGGGAGUUCUUGGAAGUUGGCUGAGCUGUUACCGCAUGACGCAGAUCUACAAAGAGAUCCGUCCUGGUCACCAUCGAUAACCGAGGCAAAUGAAUCUUCUCAGGAAAGACUGGUGACAGAGGCUCUACAAGAAGCAGACCGAGCGAAUUCACGGACAACAAGGAACCUUUCCGUCCCACAAGCUGAUGAGGACGAUUACUGGGCAAUGUACGACAGAUCAGAAGGACGUACGCCCGCCAGGAAGACCCCAGUUGAACCAGCCCGCAAUGGUCCAUCAGAAGAUGAUUACUAUGCUCGUUACGCCGAUGUCCAGCCCGCUAUGGACGCCCAUGACCCGGAUGAAGAGAUGGAAGAUACUGGAGAUUCAACUUUGAAUGGGCAUUCCUUGCAACAUUUGCUAUCGGCCGGCCAGUCGGAUUUGUUACAAGAUCGAGAACCUCCACCAUACCAACGGUUCUUCAAGGACAAUCCUGAGGAAAAGGAAACGGCAGUCAAUCAGCCAGCACCAUCAUCGCCAUCAUCGAGAGGAUCGGACACGGUGGCACGGUUAGAGGAGCAUGCCGAGCGGUACGGCGCAUCUGAGAUUGGGGUUAGGCAGCACAUCAGCACUACUUUGAAGAGCAUGUAUCGGUUAGCAAAGAGCGCGGGCAUGGAUCGCGAUGAAUUUGAUCGCAUCGUUCAGCGGGAGUUGGAAACCUUGAGCAUCUUUGACAGGCAUGACUAGGAGCCAGCAUUUGUCGGCCAUUGAAAUUAUUUGACACUUAA